AGCUGGUGCACCGGCUUCACCCACCGCCGGCGAAAAGCACCCUUAUUAAGUCCCAGCUCGGCACCGCGCCGCAUAGAACGCUGGACACAUCUCGAGCUCUGCUCCUCCAGGCUCCAGGCUCCAGCUCCCAAACCAAACCAAACCCGACCGGACCAUGGCCGGCACGUGCGCGCACGUCGAGUUCCUCAAGGCGCAGCCGGCGUGGGCGCUGGCGCUGGCUGCCGUGGGCCUCCUCGUGGCCGCCCGCGCCGCCGUCCGCCUCGCGCUGUGGGUCUACGCCGCGUUCCUCCGCCCGGGCAAGCCCCUGCGCCGCCGCUACGGCGCCUGGGCCGUCGUCACCGGCGCCACCGACGGCAUCGGCCGCGCCAUCGCGUUCCGCCUCGCCGCGGCCGGGCUCGGGCUCGUCCUCGUCGGCCGCAACCCGGACAAGCUGGCCGCCGUGGCCGCGGAUAUCAAGGCCAAGCACCCCAGGGUCCCCGAGGUGCGGACCUUCGUGCUCGACUUCGCCUGCGAUGGGCUGGCCGCCGGGGUGGAGGCGCUGAAGGAGGCCAUCCGGGGCCUCGACGUGGGGGUCCUCGUCAACAACGCCGGGGUGUCGUACCCGUACGCGCGCUACUUCCACGAGGUGGACGAGGAGCUCAUGCGCAGCCUGAUCCGGGUCAACGUCGAGGGCGUCACGCGGGUCACGCAUGCCGUGCUGCCCGGCAUGGUCGAGAGGAAGCGUGGCGCCAUCGUCAACAUCGGCUCCGGCGCCUCCUCCGUCGUGCCCUCUGAUCCGCUCUACUCCGUCUACGCCGCCACCAAAGCGUACGUUGAUCAAUUCUCAAGAUGCCUUUAUGUUGAGUACAAGAACAAGGGUAUUGAUGUGCAGUGCCAGGUGCCCUUGUACGUGGCGACAAAGAUGGCAUCCAUCAGGAAAUCUUCCUUCAUGGUCCCAUCUGCUGACACCUAUGCCCGCGCUGCUGUUCGCCACAUUGGAUAUGAGCCUAGGUGCACACCGUAUUGGCCGCACUCUGUUAUGUGGUUCUUGAUCUCCAUGCUUCCGGAGUCCCUGGUAGACAGCGUACGCCUCAACAUGUGCAUCAAGAUCCGCAAGAAGGGGCAAGCUAAGGAUGCCAAGAAGAAAGCGCAGUGAUGUUUCAGAUACUUGUCGAAUGCACAUUGAGAUUUGCAACGCUUCUAGUGGAAGACAAGUGUUUCUAGCUUUGCUGUAGUCACUUUAUUUAGCUACUAAGUUGAGAAUGUUGUUGUUCCCUCCACGGUUAUGAAACUCAAACCUGUAAUCUUUCCUUUCAGAUUGUAACACCAGAUGCACUUAAUGUGGAAAUGGAAUUGACUCGAAGUUGUGUAGCUUUUUUUU